CCCAACAAAAACAAAAACAACACGGUUCCCACGACACGUUCCGUCGCACAACGCUCAAGCGCACCUGUUGACGCACUCCGCUGCCCCUCGCUUCAUGUCGGUGGCCGCUACGCUUCCACUGUCGCCCCCUUACCGCGCAUUACCAUAACCCGUCCGCCUUUUCGUCACCGUUGCGACAAUGCGCCUCACACGAGCUGCACGACGUGCUGAAGCAGCGCAAGAUAUAUCAACAUCACCCCACGCACCAGACGCGCAUACUAGCGAUCCCAACAGACGCGUUCCUCUGGGAAACGUCUCCAUAAACCCUAUCCGCGAGCCCAUCGAACCAGACGACCUCGACCCCAAAGCCAUGGCGCCUAACAAGCCCAAGGCCACGUCAACGAAGGUCACGAAACCGAAGAAGCCGAAGACUAGAGAGAGAUACAAUGUGGAUGAAGUUCAACUUGUGCUUGGAGACGAGCGUCAAGCAGCUGGAAGCCCGGCCUCCGACGCGGCUGUUGACGAUUUGGCGGCGUCGCCCGCGAACGGGACAACGCAAAGUCCGCUCGCCGAUCGCAUGCCCGCUAGCCCCUCAUCACGCGCCGUACGCAGGACACGCCGCCAACUGGCGGCACAAGACGAAGCCAUUCCCCCGUCGCAGAGCGGACCUACCCUAGCUGAACGCGUCUUCACCGAAAAUGUAGACAACUCGAAACCCUCUGGCUUCAAGCUUGAGGACCACACGGAAGGCACCACGGCGGGACACCAGGGUCCCAACUCGAAUAUCCGACUGCCAGCCGCUGUACCUAGUGCUCAGGAAGUUGCUGCUUCUGAACAGCAACCGUCACCACGUGCCGAAGAAGAGAUCGGGGACGAAUCCCCUGCUCUACUGAAGGCCUCUGAUGCCCAUGGCAAGCUCGACUGCAAGCUCCAUGACGCCCAGUCAGGGGCUCCACGAGGAGACACAUUGCCUGUUAGCCGCACUCUGAGCAGAAGCCCCUCCAGAUCGCCGGCAAAGUCACCAUUGCCUCUGGAAGAAUCCAUUGAGGCAAUCGAUGCAUUGCAAGAAGCACUGGAGAAAGUUGUCCCAGAGUUCAACCCUUCUGUCGACGAGCAAUCCCCGCGGAAACCACGACCAAGCAAGGUCCAAAGGUCCCAGCAUAACAAUACCAAGAAGGUUCCCCCACGUGCCUCAGUGGUGACGAGAGCUGCCAGGCCCUCAAUGACACGUUCGUCCAGUGUGCGCACUGCAUCUGCGAAAGAGAGAAAGGGGUCCGCAGAAGUGGUGGAUUACCUUGCCAGCAGGCGACAACCCAUCAGCAUCAACUUCCCGGCCCCUCGCCCGCCACCCAAGGCCACAAAGCCACCCACUGUGCCCACCUUCCAGCUACCAGGUGAAGCCGUAGCGGCGAAGCUCAAGGCACAGAAAGAGGAGCGAUUGAAAAGGGAGCAAAAAAAUGAUCACCAGCGGCAACCUCGCGAGACCUUGACACGCCCAUUUGUCAAGUCAUCGAAGCCACCUACCAAACCCAACUUUCAGCUGCCGGGCGAGGCGGUGGCCGCGAAACUAAAGGCACUGAAAGAAGAGCGUCUUAAGCGGGAAGCCCAGGGUCUCACGGCACGACCAAGCAACGCGACUCUCCAGCCACCCUCGUUGGCUAAAUCUUCGAAGCCACCGACAGUGCCCAACUUCCAACUACCUGGUGAUGCCGUAGCUGCCAAGUUAAAGGCACAGAGGGAGGAGCGUCGGAAGCGCGAGGAAGAGGAAGCCGCUAAAAGGCCAGCCUUGAAGGCCCGAGGCGAACCAACUCAGAGGAACGGACCGGUUGUUGUGCGACGGACCGCAGCCAGCAAAGCACGCGAGUCUGUGCUGAACGAAGUCGGAAAAAGAGAUGCCGGAAAAGGUGAUGCCGGAAAAGGAGAAGCCCCUUCCACCGAAAACUUGGUGGAACAAACGAGUUCGGUCCAACAACAAGUUAUGAAGCGAAGUAGCGUCGUUGCUGCGCGCCAGACACCCAUUGCACCAGUAGACGGCGCAGCUCUGCGACAAAAGGGUCGCGAAAUCUUCAACCGGGAUAAGGUUGAGAAGGAGCAGCGUGAGAGAGAGAGGCGGGUAAAGGAAGAGGCAGCGAAAAAGGCACGAGCCGAGGCUGCAGAACGCGGGCGUAUCGCCAGUCGAGAGUGGGCGGAGAAGCAGAGGAAGAAGAUGAUGGCGGCGGCGGCCGCGGUGGCGACGACAACGACGACGAAAUGAUAACGACAAAUGAACUGUUCCAACUGUGUAAUAAUGCUCUCUACUGA